GUAGAAGAACUAAUGGAUGAAGAUGACAAGGACAAGGCAAAGAGGGCUUCACGUAAUAAGUCUGAGAAAAAGAGACGUGAUCAGUUUAAUGUCCUCAUCAAAGAACUCAGUGUCAUGCUUCCAGGCAGUAUCCGUAAGCUGGACAAGUCUACAGUGUUGCAGAAGACAAUUGACUUUUUACAAAAACACAAUGAAACUUCAGCACAGAAAGAGACAAGUAUCAUCCAACAAAACUGGAAACCUUCAUUUUUGAGCAAUGAGGAAUUUACACAACUGAUGUUAGAGGCAUUAGAUGGCUUCAUCAUAGCUGUAACAACAGAUGGAAAUAUCAUUUAUGUUUCUGAUAGCAUUGCACCUCUCCUUGGACAUUUACCUUCUGAUGUUAUCGAUCAGAAUUUAUUAAACUUCCUCCCUGAACAGGAGCAUGAAGAAAUAUUUAAACUGCUGUCCUCUCACACAUUAGUGACAGAUGCUGUUUUGCCAGACUAUUUAAACUCUGAGAACUGCUUUGAAUUUUCUUGUCACUUGCUGCGAGGGACAUUGGACCCAGAGGAAUCUCCUACCUAUGAAUAUCUACGAUUUGUGGGAAAUUUCCAAUCAUAUGACAGUGUGCCUAGUUCAUCUUGUAAUGGUUUUGAAGGUUCUGUACAAAGGACACUUCAAACAACAGUAGAUGAACAGAUGUGUUUUGUAGCAACCGUCCGUCUAGCAACACCUCAAUUUAUAAAGGAGAUGUGCAUAAUAGAGGAGCCUUUGGAAGAAUUUACCUCUAGACAUAGCUUGGAGUGGAAGUUUUUAUUUCUAGAUCACAGGGCUCCACCAAUCAUUGGUUAUUUGCCUUUUGAAGUCCUUGGUACAUCAGGUUAUGAUUAUUACCACGUGGAUGAUCUGGAGCAGCUAGCCAGGUGCCAUCAACAAUUGAUGCAGUUUGGUAAAGGGAAGUCUUGCUGCUAUCGGUUUCUUACGAAAGGACAACAAUGGAUCUGGCUCCAGACCCGCUACUACAUUACCUACCAUCAAUGGAACUCCAAGCCAGAGUUUAUUGUGUGCACACACACAUUAGUGAGCUAUGCAGAAGUUCGAGCACAGCGUCGAAAAGACAUCUGUUUGGAUGAUAGCUGUACAGAAGUUAUUGGUUCUUCAUUGCUUAAGGGACAUGACUUAAGAAUUGAUACACAGCAGCACGUUGAAGUGCUCCCUGGCAGUCCAUCACCUUCUUCUUCAUCUCGGAGUUCACAUAAAUCAUCUCAUACCUCGGUGUCAGAAUCUGCAUCAACACAAAGUAAACUACUUUCAGAGAUCAGUGCUCCAUCCUUGCAGUCAAAAGCAGUCUCCAGGUUAACAGUCCAGAGAGAAUACCAACUAACUGUAACCUUUCUUUUGCAGUCCUUAAUAUCGGAGCCAUCUAUUGAUCUACUAUCACAGGGGUUGAUGCCCCAGGCUACUGUGGUCAGUCAGCCUACAUCAAUGGCACAGUUCCCAGCACAGUUUGACGUGAUUCAGUCUCUAAAGGAUCAGCUUGAACAACGUACACGCAUUCUGCAAGCAAAUAUCACAUGGCAGCAAGAAGAGCUCCAAAAAAUUCAGGAGCAACUUUGCAUGGUGGAUGACUCAAAUUUACAGUUAUUGCUGCAGCAGCCGACGUCUAUCAGCCUGAGUCCAUUACAGUAUCAAGAAUCACAGCAGCAAAAGCAGCAACAACUGGGUCUUAUUGCGCAUGAGCAUGAUCUCCCCAAUAAACAGAAUGCUAAAAUGAUACAUGCUGGAUGUGUGGUACAGACCUCAAUGCCCAAUAUUUCCUCUGCAAGCCUGGCAUUACGUUUCAGCAGUCCUGUGAUGUUCUCUCAGGCCCCGUCAAUGGCAAUCCAAAGUGAUGACACCAUUGGUCAUUCAGGUCCCAACUUUGGUCAUGACAGGCAACUAAGGAUGCUGCUUAGUCAACCCAUUCAACCAUUGAUGCCUAUUACGUGCCACAACAGACAACCCACAGAAUUCACUACUACUGGACAACAAGCUAAGUACUCACAAAGACAACAGCUGCCCCAAAAUCUGGUACCACAGCCAGUUAGAAAUAGUGUACCAAUGAUCUCCAAUACAGUACUUAUGGGUCAAAUAGUAACUCCAGGAUUUUCUAUACCACAGCCACCUCUGUCCCAGCAAACUAUGCACCUACAACAACAGCCACAACACUACUUACAGCAGGCUCAAACAUCCAGUUCCUUGCAAGGUGAACAACCGGAGCUGCUGCUUCUCCCUCCUCCUUAUCCACAGCAACAGGACAUUCUGGGAUACCACCCACAAUCUCAGCAAAGACCACAUGUACAGCGCCUCUCUGAAUCAUCAAAUGUUUAACUCACCCAGUAGCCUCUCAGUGGUUAAGAAAUAUAAAUUAUAAAAACCCGUUUAAAGCAAUAUUCACCCCUGCGUUUGAAUAAAUUGCA